AUGUGCUGUAAAAUAGCAACUAUUGCAAGCUUGAUACGUCAUAUCCCACCUGCACAGCGUGGCGAUCGGUCGGAACAAGAUGGUGGGGAUCUCUGCAUCGGUCAAAGCGGCGGCUUGAUACGUCAUAUCCCACCUGCACAGCGUGGCAAUCGGUCGGAACAAGAUGGUGAGGAUCUCUGCAUCGGUCAAAGCAGCGGUCAGUUGCGUGUUACCUGGUGCCAGCCGACCUCAUUAUCUGCAGCCUCCCUAUUGCGCGCCUGUUCAUUCUCAAAUUUUUGA